CACAAGAGCAAAAGGGAGCACAAGUCCCAGUAACCUUGCAUGUAGCACUACCAUGUCAAAGAUUGUGCCGAAUAUCUGCAAGAGUAAAAAGGUUUUCCAGUGUGACACUUGUGGAAAAGUCUUUAAGUGGAAGUCAUUAUUAAAUGGACAUCUGAAGGUGCACACGGGCGAGAAAUCAUAUCUUUGCAAAACCUGUGGAAAAAGAUUUGGUUACAAGUCAUCACUAGUAACACAUGUGAGACUCCACACAGGUCAGAACCUGUAUUCUUGCGAAAGUUGUGAAAAAAGUUUCACAAGUAGCACAAAUUUGAAGAGACACGAGACAACGCACACGGGCGAGAAACCUUUUUCUUGCAGAACCUGUGGGAGAAGUUUUAGCCUGAGAAAUAACCUGCAGAGACACGAGAGAACGCACACAGGCGAGAAACCUUUUUCUUGCAAAACUUGUGGGAGAAGUUUUAGCCAGAGAAACUCCCUGCAGGAUCACAAGAGAACACACACAGGCGAGAAACCUUUUUCUUGCAAAACUUGUGGGAGAAGUUUUAGCAAGAGAAACACCCUGCAGGAUCACAAGAGAACGCACACGGGCGAGAAACCUUUUUCUUGCAAAACUUGUGGGAGAAGUUUUAAUCUGAGAAACACCCUGCAAGAACACGAGAGAACGCACACGGGCGAGAAACCCUUUUCAUGCAAAACUUGUUGGAGAAGUUUUAGCCUGAGGAAAACCCUGCGGGAUCACGAGAGAACGCACACGGGUGAGAAGCCUUUUUCUUGCAAAACUUGUGGGAGAAGUUUUAGCCUGAGGAAAACCCUGAAGGGACACGAGAGAACGCACACGGGGGAGAAGCCUUUUUCUUGCAAAACUUGUGGGAAAAGUUUUACACGUGGAUGUAGGUUGAAAGCUCACAUGAGAAGCCAUAAAGGGGAGGAGUCGUAUCCAUGUACUACUUGUGGGGAAAGAUUUGUUAUCAAAUCACUUCUAACCAAACAUAUAAUGACCCACACAUAGCAAAACUGAUAUUUUUGUAAAAUGAUGUAAAGAUCUCUCACUUGCCAGUUUAUACAAAGUCCACAGGAGAAAACAUCCAGUUGAGAAGCCACACCAUGGCAACAGGAGAGGGAUUCGAUUUGCUCAAGCGUUUUCAAAGAAGUUGUUACUUAGUUAUUGUUUCAUUAAAUAAAGAUACAACAGUUAGCGAAAACGACACUGGAAAUGUUUCAGGGGGACAAACAAGUGAUGAACCUGGUUGUAGUUCAAUGCUUUAUGAAGUUCCAUCACCACUGAUGAGUAGCAGACUUCAAUAACUUCACAAAGCAUUGAUCCACAGACAGGUUCAUCACUUACAUAUACACAAGAGAGAUUAUGUACAUUUGCAUUAGCUGCAUCUCUGUAACUGAAUGUGGAAAAUAUCCCAUUGAGGAGACAUCACUAUAUCUUUGAUGCAGAACAUGGUCAACAACAUUUGCUGAAGUACCCACGUUUCUGUUCUUGAUGUGACUGUCAUUGAUAUUUACAUCUGUGAAGGAAGUGAUGUUUUCAACCAUGUAUCUUUGUUUAUUCAUUUAUCAGCAAUUUAUACCAGAUGGUGCAGGAAGGGGAUGGGGGUGAGAGCAAUUGAUUGGGUAAAGUGGCAGAUCCAGGAUAUUUUAUUAUCAGUUAAUGUUGAGAGAUGUUGUCAUUGUGUCAGGAAAGACUGUGGAUCAAGAUGUACAAAAAUCUAACAUAUUUGUGGUACAAAAAUUUGUAAGAACAAAGUAUGUGGUGCAGAAUAUCAGAUGACUUCCCUUUUUUCUUUUUCCUAUUACAAAAGAAGAAAAUAUGUUGUUAAUGUGUACACUGUCCUAAAUGACUCACUGUAAAUGGUUAUUCUUUUGUACUACGUGUAUUCAAUACUUCAGUGCAUUUGCAGUUUAUUAAAGUUUCUUGAAUUAU